UUCCUCUUCAGAGCCAGAGGCAAUGAUGAAAGCCAGCACACAGAACGCCAAGAACGUAAAUGUAAACAGUUCCCCGAAACCACCCCGGAGGAUGGGAUCUUUGGGAAGUGACUACGGACUAAGGGUGCAAGUGGAAUUCUAUGUGAACGAGAAUACCUUCAAGGAGCGACUCAAGCUCUUCUUCAUCAAAAACCAAAGAUCAAGUUUAAGAAUACGACUCUUUAACUUCUCCUUGAAGGUGCUCACGUGUGUUUUGUACAUUGUGCGAGUUCUGCUGGAUCAUCCUGAAGAAGGAAUUGGAUGUUGGGGAUGUUCAAAGCAGAAUUACACUUCACGUCCAACAUCUAAUCUCGUAAUUAACUGGGCACCUAUACUUUGGGUUAACAGAAGCCUGCCACUGUGGGGAAUUCAGGUUACAGUGGCUUUAAUUAGUUUCCUGGAGACUAUGCUCCUCACAUAUUUAAGUUACAAGGGAAAUAUCUGGGAACAGAUUUUCCGAGUAUCUUUUAUCCUUGAAAUGAUCAACACUGUUCCUUUCAUCGUCACAAUUUUCUGGGCACCCUUGAGAAAUCUCUUCAUUCCAGUGUUUCUAAACUGCUGGCUGGCCAAGCAUGCACUGGAGAACAUGAUUAAUGAUUUGCAUAGAGCCAUUCAGAGAACACAGUCUGCUAUGUUUAACCAAGUAUCAAUACUGAUUUGUACUCUACUCUGCCUUGUGUUUACUGGGGCAUGUGGAAUCCAGCAUUUGGAGAGAGCAGGAGACAACCUUUCAUUCUUCAAUUCUCUCUACUUCUGCAUUGUCACCUUCUCUACAGUUGGAUUUGGUGAUGUGACACCACAGAUCUGGCCUUCGCAACUCCUUGUUGUCAUAAUGAUAUGUGUUGCUUUGGUAGUGUUGCCUCUCCAGUUUGAAGAGCUUGUUUACCUGUGGAUGGAAAGGCAGAAGUCUGGUGGGAAUUACAGUCGGCAUCGAGCACAGACAGAGAAACACGUUGUGCUCUGUGUCAGCUCCUUGAAAAUCGACCUGCUAAUGGAUUUCCUCAAUGAAUUUUAUGCUCAUCCAAGGCUUCAGGAUUACUAUGUUGUCAUCCUGUGCCCAACUGAGAUGGAUCUUCAGGUGCGCAGGGUAUUACAGAUUCCUCUCUGGUCCCAGCGGGUCAUUUACCUGCAGGGGUCUGCAUUGAAAGAUCAAGAUCUCAUGAGAGCCAAGAUGGAUGACGCAGAAGCCUGUUUCAUUUUGAGCAGUCGCAAUGAAGUGGACCGUACAGCAGCGGAUCAUCAGACCAUCUUGAGAGCAUGGGCUGUAAAGGACUUUGCCCCAAAUUGCCCCCUCUAUGUACAGAUACUGAAGCCUGAAAAUAAAUUUCAUGUCAAGUUUGCAGAUCAUGUAGUUUGUGAAGAGGAGUUUAAGUAUGCCAUGUUAGCCUUGAACUGCAUCUGCCCUUCCACCUCUACUCUUAUCACUCUAUUGGUUCAUACAUCCAGGGGACAGGAAGGACAACAGUCCCCAGAACAGUGGCAGAGGAUGUAUGGUCGGUGCUCAGGGAAUGAAGUCUAUCACAUCAAACUCAGCGACAGCAAGUUUUUUGGAGAAUAUGAGGGGAAGAGUUUCACCUAUGCUUCAUUUCAUGCUCACAAAAAGUAUGGUGUCUGCCUGAUAGGUGCAAAGAGAGAGGACAACAAAAGCAUCUUGCUCAAUCCUGGACCCCGCUACAUUAUGGUUGGUUCAGACAUCUGCUUCUACAUUAAUAUCACCAAAGAAGAAAACUCAGCAUUCAUAUUCAAAGAGGAAGAGAAACAGAAGAGGCAGUACCUGACUUCAGGGGGGAUCUUCAGUGGACCUUCCAGGCUACCAGUCCACAGCAUCAUUGCAAGUAUGGGUACGGUUGCUAUGGAUCUACAGAAUACAGAGUGCCACCCAUCCAGUGGCACCACUUUGACUUUGCCUACAGAAAAUGGAGCAGGAAGUAGAAGGCCCAGCAUUGCACCUGUCCUUGAAAUUGCUGACACUGCUGCCAUUUUGCCAUGUGAUCUCUUAAGCGACCAAUCAGAAGAUGAGGCAAAUCCAUCUGAUGAUGAGAGCCUACCUACCCCAGAGUAUGUGAAAGGAUACCCUCCCAAUUCGCCUUACAUUGGAAGUUCUCCAACCCUCUGCCACCUUCUACCUGUGAAGGCUUCAUUCUGCUGUCUGAGAUUAGACAGGGGCUGCAGGCACAACAGCUUUGAAGAUGCAAAAGCCUAUGGGUUCAAGAACAAACUCAUCAUCGUGUCUGCAGAGACUGCAGGCAAUGGACUGUACAAUUUUAUUGUUCCACUCCGAGCCUACUACAGGCCCAGGAAGGAACUGAAUCCUAUUGUGUUGCUGCUGGACAACCCGCCCGAUAACCAUUUUUUGGAGGCCAUCUGCUGUUUUCCUAUGGUUUAUUUCAUGGCAGGAAGCAUUGAUAACCUGGAUAAUUUACUUCAGUGUGGGAUUAUUUAUGCUGAUAACCUGGUAGUUGUGGACAAAGAGAGUACGAUGAGCGCAGAAGAAGAUUACAUGGCUGAUGCCAAGACCAUUGUCAACGUUCAAACAAUGUUCCGGUUGUUCCCCAGUCUCAGCAUCAUCACGGAACUGACUCACCCGUCAAAUAUGAGGUUCAUGCAGUUUCGAGCCAAGGACUGUUACUCACUUGCACUUUCCAAGUUGGAAAAGAAAGAACGUGAAAAGGGUUCAAAUUUGGCAUUCAUGUUCCGUCUCCCAUUUGCUGCUGGAAGGGUGUUCAGCAUCAGUAUGUUGGACACACUACUUUAUCAGUCCUUUGUUAAAGAUUACAUGAUUCCAAUCGCACGGUUGUUACUGGGACUUGAUACUACCCCAGGCUCUGGAUACCUUUGUGCUAUGAAAAUUACGGAGGAUGACUUAUGGAUUCGAACAUAUGGAAGGCUCUUUCAGAAACUCUGCUCUUCCAGUGCCGAAAUUCCAGUUGGGAUUUACAGAACAGAAUUGCACCUGUUUUCUACAUCUGAGUCUCAGAUCUCAAUCAAUGUUGAUGAGUGUGAGGACACAAAGGAUGUGAAAGACCACUGGGGGGGGAAGAGUCAUCGGAACUCAACGUCCAGCGACCAAUCAGAGCACCCGCUGCUGAGACGCAAGAGCUUGCAGUGGGCUCGAAGACUGAGCAGAAAAGGAACCAAGCACACCAAUAAAGCAGAUGAAAAGAUUAACCAACAGAGACAGAACCUGUAUCAUCGAUCAGAAAGGCAAGAGUUGUCAGAACUGGUGAAAAACAGAAUGAAGCACUUGGGUUUACCCACUACAGGAUACGAGGAUGUAGCAAAUUUAACAGCCAGUGAUGUGAUGAAUCGUGUAAACCUUGGAUAUUUGCAAGAUGAGAUGAAUGAUCAUCAGAAUACAUUAUCAUAUGUUCUGAUUAACCCUCCACCUGACACUCGACUGGAGCUGAACGAUAUUGUGUACCUGAUACGCUCAGACCCACUGGCCAAUGUUCAGAAUGGUUCCAACAGCCUGAAAAGCAAAUCGUGCCGGUUGUUCCCUUCCAAUGAGGAGGCCAAGAAUGAAACAGAACUGUGAAUGCUGGAUCCCUAACAAGCUCCAAUUUAUAAGACACUACCUUGAUUUUACGAAAGUGACGACAUAUUCUUUAUGCACAGAAGAUGAUCCUACUGAGACCAUGGAACAUAACUGCUCUGAAUGUUUUAAGGAAUCUGAAGUUUUGCAUAACAAAACACAACCAGUUUACAAAUUGAAAUAGAUCAGCAAAGUUACUCUGAUUAGACCUUGAAACACAACCAGGUUUAAUGGAAUUGUGCCAGUUGAUUAUCAGCAUUGAUUCAAACUAAAGCAACACAUGAAGAAAAAGUUUACGAUAUAUUAUGCAUAGCUUCAGGUCCAGACAGUGGACUUAUUUUAUAUAUUUUUGUACCAUUGUAUAAUGGGACAUGCUGUUUAUUUAUUUACACUCAACCUACUUGGGACAAGUGGUCCUAUUUCAAUUAUGGGUGAGCAGACUUCAUUGGUACUUUCCACCAAAUAGUAUCUAUGACUCAAAUGUGUACACAGGUUUGGCAUGAAUUUUCCAUUGCCCGGGUACCGAAGUCGCUGUGUCAAAUUAAUUCAAAUGGAUCCUUUGGUGCCAAAAGGACAAAUGCUUUCAAGAUCUUUUUCUACCUAUAUAUGCUUGGACACUUGUAAUAUGCCAUAUCCUGGAGGAAUUUGAUCUCAGAUACAUUUUGUGCAGUUAGCAAUUACUCAUCACUGGCUUGAGUGGAAAGCGGUGCCUUCAGUCCGACUGAGCAUGGAACUAGCCAGUCAUUUACUUGCCAACGAGAAAUAAUACACCAUGGACAAAAAUGUGGAAAAGAAUAUCAGGAGAAAUGCACAGGAGAGAAAACAGUGCAGAUACCAUCAGCCAAUAUUCAUUUGGAACAAAUCGUAUUAAUAAUUUUAAUAAAGGUAGGGGUGUAAGGGAGGGUGGGCAUUUUCACGUUUGUAUUGCAAACUGUUGAGAUAGUUACAGUCCAUCCAAACUAUUUAUUUUGUUAUAAAAUUAUCACAUGUCAUUGUCUACCUUAAAAGAGUUGCAAACAUAGAUUAGUUUGUACAAAGUUUUGAAGAUAUCUGCACAUUACUCUUUGUGUAGAGGAAGACCCUGAGGUACUGAACAUUAGAAACAAAAACAGAAAAUACUGGAAAUAGAAAUCUGAUGCAACAAUGCUGUAUCUUAAUACUGUAAUAGAUGUUGGCUCUAAUACUUCAAAAUAACUUGCAUAGUUCUUUCUCACCACAUCCAAAGUCAAAUCUGAAGAAAUGCUGGAGUUUGGGCCAUUAAUGGAAACUACAAGAGUUGAUUGUGGCGUAUUUGGUGGUAUUUUCUCCCAGUGAACAGAUAGCAUGGUACAUCCAGUUACUGAAACGUAUCAAACCUCCAAACUCUGCAGCAAAUUCAGCAAUUGUCCCGCUCGUGCCUCUGGACUUCAAUGCAAGGAAGAUGUGGUCCACUAUACCACCUUGUUUGUGACAAAUAGUUGCCACCGUUCAUGACAUCUGAUCUCUACAUCCAAUUUCCAUCAAAACCCCAGGCCACAUCCCAUGGUACUGCAGAUGCAGGUCCGUCUAGAUUCAAGGUGUACCUGAGCUGUGGAACUCUCAAGUUUCUGAGGACAUUGAAACACCUUCAGCAUGCUGCCUAUCUGACCCAGCCAUGGUAUGAAUAUUAAACAGUACCAAAGGGCAACUUGCAGGCAAGCUACAUCCAAUCAUGGUGCAUGCAUUUAAGCUUAUAGCUGUUUAAGUAUUGCUGCACCUCUUUUAAACUAAACAUGGCAACAAAUCCGAGGAUACCAGAUUUUUAAAAUAAGCAAAGAGCCUUUGCAGUGGCCUCAGAGACCAGAAGCUAAUUCUUGCGCAAGUUAUUUGAUAAUUUUGUGUGUCAACUUCAACAGUAGUGCUUUUGCAUUGUGUUACAUCAGUGGAACACCCAAACUACUAAGAAGAAUUGAGGUAAUGCAGAGCAAGAGCCUUGGUAGUAUUGAAGAUUCAAUGUAAGAAUUCAGAACAGAACACUGCCAAAUUCAAACCUAGCAUUGUGUGUAUAAACUGUGAAAAGUGCCAGUCUGCAUAUACAAAGUAACUUAAAUCACCAAUUAAAAAAAACUGCAUGUGUUUAGCAUGUGGACAUUGGCAAUCGUGACUCACAAAAAUGACUUGAAUGAUUUUGUUUCACAACUAAACACUGGGAAGUCAUUAAAGAUGCUCCUAGACCUCAUUCUGAUCUAGUGUCUAAACUCAUGCCCCACACCGAUAACCACAUUACUCACCCUACCAAGCCUGGCGUCUCUGCUGAAUGGGUAUGUUGCAAUACAACAGAUGCACUUGAUUGAUGUUCUUGCAUGCAUUACAGUGAAUCUGAUGAGACACAUGUUUGGUAUCAUUCACCACAAUCGUCACGUUUGGACUGACAACAUAUCAAUGGG